AUGUUGAUUCGUGAAGAUGUUAAUUUAGUGGUCUCUCGUAAAAUAUUAACUCUUGUUACCAUUAAAAUUUUACCUGAAUUAUCCGAUGUUCAAUCUAAAUUGCUGGCCCAAACUUCACUGGCACAAAUUCGAUCUAGACCAGAUGUUUUUGUACAUCAAGCAGCCGAUAUUUGUCAAUACUUAGCAAAGAUUUAUGAGAAAGAAAAUAAUUGGAAAGACGCUGCAGAAUUACUCAUAACUAUAGAUCUAAGAAAAUUUUCUCAUGAAUAUGCAUUCGAAAACUACAUCAAUAUUGCUAGACUAUACCUAGAAGAUGGCCAAGCAUCAAACGCAGAAACUUAUAUCAAGAAAGCUACAAAAUUCCUAAUUACAGUAGAUAAUGAAUUGCUUCAAAUCAGGUAUAAAAAAAUGUUUACCCAAAUACUUGAAUACCAAAAUAAGUUUGUCGAAGCCGCACUUCAGUAUUAUGAACUGUCAGUUAUGAUAAGUUUGCCUCAAGAGAUAUGUUUGUCUUUCUAUAAGAAUUCCUUCGAAUGUGCUGUAUUGUCAAGCAUAGGACCAACACGGUUUCGAAUGUUUUCAUUAUUGUAUAGAGACGAAAGAAGUACAGAUUUAGCAGAGUUCUUGAUACUUAGAAAAUUGUGCUUCAGCCAUAUAUUAACACCUAAAGAUAUUUCUGAAAUAUAUGGAAUGCUUCAACCAAAUAAGCAGAAUGCAAAAAACAGUGUAAGCAUAUUCCAUCUAGCCAUAUUAGAACAUAAUAUAUUUGGGGUUAGUAAAGUAUACAAAAACAUUUUUAUUGAUUCUCUUGGUUAUAUAUUGGGUGUUGAUGCAAGAACAGCAGAAAGUGCAGUAGCAAACAUGAUAUCCGAAGAUCGCAUACAUGGUUCAAUUGAUCAAAUAGAUAAUUUGAUUCACUUCAGAACAACUAGUAACGCACCAGCUAUAACAAUGUUUGCAAGAGAAAAUUUAAUCAAAUUGUUCUACUGUGAAAUCGAUCAUAUGCUUUAUUAUCAUAUGCUUACUGAUUCUAGAACAUUUAAGCCUUAA